UUUUUUUUUCCAACUAACUCUAGCCAAAUACUAGUCCAAACACCUACUGGUCAAACUUUGGUGAACGUAUGCUCUGAGCUCACUGUUCAGACGGAGAUUCGCCGGAGAAAAUGGAAACGCCGGCGAGUGAAGUUCCGAGGGUCAAAUUAGGCUCGCAAGGCCUAGAAGUUUCUAGAAUCGGGCUGGGCUGUAGAGGCAUGUCUCCCAAUCAUGGCCCGCCCAAGCCCGAGCCCGAAAUGAUCAAGCUCAUUCAACACGCCAUUGAUCGCGGCGUCACCUUCCUCGAUACCUCCGAUCAAUAUGGACCCCACAUCAAUGAACUUCUCAUCGGCAAGGCAAUCAAAGGAAUGAGAGAAAAAGUACAAAUAGCUUCCAAGUUUGGCAUAAGUUUGAUAGAAGGGAAAAUGGACAUUUGUGGUGAUCCAGAGUAUUUAAGAGCUUGUUGUGAAGCUAGCUUGAAGCGACUAGAUAUCGACUGCAUUGAUCUUUAUUAUGUUCAUCGGAUUGAUAUCCGAGUGCCUAUUGAAAUCACGAUGGGAGAACUGAAGAAACUGGUUGAAGAGGGUAAAAUCAAAUACAUAGGUUUAUCCGAGGCUUGUGCAACAACAAUCAGAAGGGCACACGCGGUGCAUCCAAUAACAGCUGUUCAGAUGGAGUGGUCUUUGUGGACCAGAGAUCUGGAGGAAGAAAUAGUUCCAACUUGCAGAGAAUUAGGAAUUGGAAUUGUUCCGUAUAGUCCUCUUGGACGAGGAUUCUUCUCAGCAGGUCCAGAGUUGAUUGAGAGCUUGGCCGAGGGCGACUUCCGCAAGAAUAUACCAAGGUUCAAGCCUGAAAAUUUUGAGCAGAACAAGCAAAUAUACGAGCAAGUCAAGGAAACAGCAUCAAGAAAGGGAUGCACCACAUCACAACUUGCAUUGGCUUGGAUUCUUCACAAAGGAGAUGACAUAUGCCCCAUACCCGGUACCACCAAGAUUGACAACCUCAACGAAAAUAUUGAAGCCAUAUCUGUAAACCUGACAACUGAUGAAAUGAAGCAGUUAGAGUCCUGUGCUGCUGAAGAUAUGGUUAAAGGUGAAAGGCACGCAUUCAUGUGGGCAACUUGGAUAAAUUCGGAGACUCCACCAUUGUCCUCCUGGAUAGAUGAAUAAUGGAUACUUUCUCGUCUUGCUUUGGAAGAAGCCCCGUUAAAGCCCAAGUCUAAUUCGAAGUAAAGGCUGAACCCGGGCUAAUGGCAGUUCAGCAUUACUUUCUAGCAGGUUAAAUAGAGACUAGGAUUUACAAAUCUACAAUGUUCUGGACAAAUGUAUAAACACAGUGUGCACACAAUGUAGUUUGCUAGUAGUCUGAAGUUCUUUCGCUAGUGCAUACCUUUAUAUCCAAGUUUUACCUGUAUUUGUGAUGAAAAUUUAUUGUUAUCCCCUGUGUACCUUUGAUCCUUUGAGCGAUAGAGCCCUUCCACACAAGACUCCUGAAUCACUCCAAGUCUCGAUUUUUCAAUGUUAUCAUAUGGUUUA